AUGGAUCAUGGCGACCCGGCCAGCAAAGGCGCGCGCGCGCGGUGGCCUUGGCCUGCUGGGUCCCGCCAUCCCGGCAUGGCGGGGCCCAACCGCCCUUGCGACUGGUCGCGGCCGCCGGUCUUGGGCGUGGGCUGCUGCACCACCGGAGCGGCGCGGCGGGCGCAGCAUCGGGCGGUCAUGCAGCCACCGGCCAGGGCGUGGGGCUCGAGAGCUGCAGUCCCGCCAAUCUGUCUAGGAUUUCCGAGAUGGCGCUGGAGCUGCUCGCUCUUCCCAACGAUGGCGUCCUUGCUUCUUGACAUAGGAUGUGGUUCUGGGCUUAGUGGUGAGACAUUGAUGGAGCAUGGCCACCACUGGAUUGUCUAUGAUAUUUCAAAGUCGAUGCUCGCUCCUACGCCGCGAGCACCGGCCAGCUCCUCUGCGGUCAGAGUGGGGUCCAACUCCUCAGCGGCCAGAGUGGUGUCCAUGGACGAUUCCCAGUUGCUGCUCGAGGAAAUUCCUCCAAGUUCUUUUCCCCAAGCAUCAGUCAGUUCAUCACCAACAAAGCAGCCGACAGAGAAUGAACAAAUGGUCAAUGAGAUGCUUCAUGAGGAUGCCAGUGCUUUCGCUGGCAGGUCUGAUAGUGCUAGUACUGCUGAGGAGUUCCAGAAGAAAGUGAGAAAAACCAUGGAGAAAGCUUUUUGGGAUAUGGUCACCAACUCCAUGAGAGGAGAAAGACCUGAUUAUAGUCAACUGAUCAACCUAGUGAAGGAAGUGAGGGAUUCAUUGCAUGACCUGGCUCCAAAAGAAUGGAAGGAGAAAAUUCUUGAGAACAUUGACCUUGAAAUUCUGUCUCAGGUACUUGGGUCAGGUUCCCAGGCUGCACUAUACUUGGGGCAGAUUUUGCCAUUGAUACUAGAGUUUGAUAUUGGAGGAGAGUUUUGUCCUUAUCUAUGUUCCUUUAAUAAGUGUCUAGUAUUAAGAUAA